AUGGGAAUGCCAGAAACUCAAACGCUGCGGCACUGCAAAGGGCGAGCCCUGUUCUGCUUUAUGUUGGCUACCGUUUGGGAGUCAGCUUCUGGGCAGAUUCGCUAUUCGAUUCCGGAAGAAAUGGAGAUAGGAACUUUCGUGGGGAAUGUCGCAAAGGAUCUGGGGCUGGAUGUAAAGCAGCUCUCAGACCGCGCAGUCCGCUUUGCUUCCAGAGGUAGGACCCAGUAUUUUGCUUUGAAUUUUAAGAGCGGCCAUUUAAUAACCACGGAGAGGAUAGACAGAGAGCAGAUCUGUGGCGGGCUGGAGGAGUGUUUGUUAAACUGUGAGGUUAUAGUGGAGGAUAAAAUGAAGCUUUAUAGAGUUGAAAUUGAAAUCACAGAUAUUAAUGACAAUGCUCCCAGCUUCCAGAGAGAAGAAAUUGAGUUAAAAGUCAGCGAGAUAACAACACCGGGAUCGCGGUUUCCUUUGAGUGAUGCCCAUGACUCAGAUUUGGGCAUUAAUUCUCUCCAGAGCUAUCAAAUCAGCAGUAACAGACAUUUCUCUCUUGAUGUGCAAACGGGAACCGAUGGAGUUAAAUAUGCCGAACUGGUGCUGGAAAAGUCUCUAGAUCGGGAAGAACAAGCUGUUCACGAUCUAGUCCUCACAGCCACUGACGGGGGAGAUCCAGUCAGAUCCGGCACUGCGCAAAUCCGCGUUGUUGCUCUUGACGUAAAUGACAACGCGCCAGUUUUUAGUGAGUCUGUCUAUAAAGUGAACGUUUUGGAAAAUGUCCCGGAUGGUUCCACAAUUCUUACAGUAAAAACCACUGAUCUGGACGAAGGCAUAAACAAACAGGUGAUAUACUCAUUCAAAAAAAUCACAGACAAAGCUUCCAAAAUAUUCCGCUUCGAUUCGAACACGGGAGAACUAACAGUCGUGGGAAACUUGGAUAUUGAGGAAGCAUCAUUAUAUGAAAUUGAGGUACAAGCGCAUGACGGGGGAGGCCUUUUUGGCAGGUCCAAAAUUUUAAUCGUUGUUAGCGAUGUGAAUGACAACGCUCCGGAAAUCGUUCUCAGGUCUCUCAUCAGCUCGAUCCCCGAGGACUCUCCCAUCGGGACUGUGAUCGCUCUUUUAGAUGUACAAGAUCUAGAUUCCGGAGAGAACGGGGAGGUCACGUGCUCCAUACCCAGCGACUUCCCCUUCGAGCUGAAGAAACCCUUCGAUAAUUAUUACAGUCUGGUGACAGACCGAGCCCUGGACAGGGAGCAGGUGGCAGCAUACAACAUCACAGUGACCGCCACGGACAAUGGGACUCCUCCUCUUUCUACAACCACCACGAUCCCACUCCGGAUUUUAGACACGAACGACAACGCCCCCUUCUUCGAUAAAACAUCCUACACGGCCUACGUCACGGAGAAUAACCCGAGAAGAGCCUCCAUUUUCUCCCUGAAGGCGAAUGACCCCGACUGGGGGGAAAAUGCCAGAGUCACUUACUCCAUUAUUGAAGGAGACAGAAGCGAAGUGCCUUUGUCCUCCUCCAUCUCAAUUAACUCCGAGACUGGGGCUCUCUACGCUCUGCGCUCCUUCGAUUACGAACAGUUCCGGGAGAUUCGGUUCCAAGUGCAGGCUCAGGAUGGGGGUUCCCCACCUCUCAGCAGUAAUGUCUCCGUCACUCUCUUUAUACUGGAUCAGAAUGACAACACCCCGGACAUCUUACACCCCUCCUUUCCCACCGAUGGCUCCACGGGAGUGGAGUUGGCCCCUCGCUCCUCCGAGCCGGGUUACCUGGUCACUAAGGUGGUGGCGGUGGAUGCAGACUCCGGGCAGAACGCCUGGCUCUCCUACCAGCUGCUGAAGGCUACAGAGCCGGGGCUCUUCUGUGUGGGACUCCACAGCGGAGAGAUCAGGACAGCGCGCUACUUUGUAGACAGAGAUGCGCUCAAGCAAAGUCUGGUGGUUUUAGUGAAGGACAGCGGACAGCCCCCUCUCACUGCCACGGCCACUGUCACGGUGGUGGUGGCUGACAGCAUCUCCGAAAUCCUCUCCGAUUUAAGCAGCCCCUCAGCUCCUGCAGAUCCCCAGUCCAACCUCACCUUGUAUUUGGUGAUCGCUGUGGCUUCCGUUUCCUGCUUGUUCUUUACCUUUAUCAUAGUGUUACUGGCCCUGAGGCUCCGCCGGUGGAGAAACUCGCAGCUCUUUGACUCCUCGGGUGUGACUUUCAGUGGAGUUCCCGUCUCGCAGUUUGUGGGGAUCGAUGGAGUCAGAGCUUUUCUUCACUCCUACUCGCAUGAGGUUUCUCUCACCACGGACUCCAGAAAGAGCCAGUUCAACUUUCCCAAAUCAAACUAUGCAAAUACUGUUACCAGUCAGCAGACUCGUGAGAUAAAGGAUCCUACUGUAGUUACUGAAGAAUUAAGCACUUAUAACGGGGAUCAGACCUCGUUUCAGGUGAGCCUAUAA